AGCCACCAAAGGGAAAGAAAGAAAGACAAAAAGAAAAGGGUUUUCUCCGAUCAUCUAUGUCCAAUAGCUCCGCCGCCGAUUCUCUCCACCUUUUCUCCGUCAGCCCUCCCCACCAGAUCUCCAAAGAUGUUCAGGGAUCUAACAAUCCUAUUCCACUUUCACCACAGUGGCUUCAACCAAAGUAUGCGGAGACUAAACCAGGAAUGGGAAUUGGGGAUAGCCACAGCCCAUAUCCAGCUCAGGGAAGUCACACUGACAUUAUGGAGCCGUCAGGAAAUGGGGAGGGGAUGCAUGAUAUCCCUAAGAAGAAAGAUAAAAUCUGCGUGACAAGUGGACAGACUCUGUUGGGGAUGGUGACAAGUCUCUGGAUAAAGGGUUGUCUCAUCUAUAGAGUCACGGGAAGGAUGAGCGAGAGGGGGAUCAUUAUCGGUCGUGGAGAUCCAACUAUUCUCAGAUUCGAGGAAGAGGAGACCCUCUUCAUCACCAAACACUUACUCCGAGCAAGCAGGCUUCUACAUUUUCCUACAGCUGGGGACGUGGAGAAAAUACCCACCCAACAUUUUCUUCUAGUCGUGGAAGAGUGAUUUCUGGUGGAAACUCAAUUACUACCAUUUCUUGUCAUAAUCAAUCUAUGGGAAUCAUAUCAGACAUGUUUGAAUGUGGCCAGGGAGAUGCCUUCCUUUUAAGAUAUAGUAGGGCAAAAUUGCUUGACUUGUACCAGAAAACUGACAUGAGAGCAUAUCAAAACUUUUGGAU